AUGGAAGAAAUUGAGGUCGAUCCGUGGAUUGAUAACAAAGUCUGCGCUUUCGAAACUUAUCGCAUCCACGGUUCAUUGUUCACAAUUCCAUUUGUGGUUGCUGAUGAUUUGACGUUAACAAAGUCUCGAACAAAAUUCUUCGAUGAAAGUCGCAAAAUUCCACGAGAUUAUCUGAAAGUUUUCAAUGAUAAAAUUUCGGCUCCGAUAACUCUGACACCAGAAAUUAAAAUAGGGAACAAAUGUAAAGUUUAUUUUAAGGGAAGUAGCAGUCAACACAUGUCAACAAUUCUAGAAGGAGUCGAAAAAACCGAUGUUUCCAAGCAUGCUGAUAUUUUGGUGGCCAGCGAAACACUCCAUAAAAUUGCCAAUGCAGUUUUUAAGGAAACUUUAUCUUGGAAACUUCGUGCGUAUCAUGAAAACAUCGAGGGACGGCAAAUCAUUGUUUUGUGUGACGACGACUUUGAAGAAAUCGAAUUAUUCCCUUUGCGAUCUGCGCAGUUCUUUGAAAAGCGACGAGAUUCAAUCAAUUUCGCUCAACAGCUGUGUGAAAGAUACGAAGAGAGAAGUACGAACCAUUAUCUGCACGGAAGUCGAAUUGUAAUUUCAUCGCUCUCCUACAAAGACUCAACUGUCAGGUUGGCAGUUGUAGGUGAGGUAGAUAUGGCCAAAGAGCAAGAACCUGUGAACGCGGCGGUGAUGACUGGUAGAACACAACGAGUCAGUUUGGGAGCCGACGAGGAUAGUAUUGAUGAUUCUUUCCAGUAUCUCUGGUCUCGCUGCUUCUGGCUUGGAGUGACCACGUGUUUGAUCGGAAUGCGUUGCUCUGAAGAUGAUCCUGUCACAAAAGUUCACCGUUUCGACAUAAAAGAUUACGUCCAAAAACACCGUGGACGAAUCCGUGAGUACCCUGACGUGGCGACGAGUUGUGUGGCACAAGUUCUGAAUCGUUUAUAUGAAGCGGUUCAAUCGAAUCCUAAUGUUAACUGGACAAUUGAGUAUGAAGGCCGGAAGGAAGAUUGGGAACCGGGAAACAUCAGAAUAUCAGUAGCCUCUGAAAAACUGAGUUUGUGGUCCGUGUGUGAACAUUACUAUCUCAUCAAGAACCAUUUCAAGAAAAGGAAAAGAGAACAGGCAUUGAAGAAAAUUGAAGAAGUUAGGAGGAAAGAGAAAAAACCAAGCAUUAUCAUUCGAGAAGUCCGCCUUAUACCGCAGAAAGAGAGAAAAGGAUUGAUGAAAAUUCGCACAAGGAGGAAUUUGACUAUAAGAGAGCAAUUCCGUCGAUUCAUCAAACAUCUUUCCACAUGA